AUGGAUUCGGAUGAAGAGAUUAUGUCUUCGUAUUCUAGUGUUAUAUUGACUGCAAGUACUGAGACUACAAUUUCCACAAGAGAUUCAGCAAGCAAUGCUGUUCCAGCUGUAGUUGAUAUCAACGAUGAAGAAGUUUUCGAGGAUGCCAGCAGUGAUAUUAGUAUUUUAACUAAAAAACAAGAAACACUUGUUCAUUUGGAUAGAAAUAAAAUGCGAAAAGCGGUUCAUCAAGACUUGUGUACCCACACUCAAAAAGUAUACGAACCUCUGUUUCUAAGGAAAUGUGAACUACAGAAAGCUAGACAACGAACUGCACCACCCGAUCUUAUUCCGAUUCAAAAAGUUGGAUUGAUGGAAGCAAACCAGAAGAUGUCUGGUCAUUCAGCUCUACUUAUGAGCCUCAAUACUCCAACUUAUUGUGUUCGUUAUAUGGCAGCAAAUGCAAUCCAAAAACCGAAAAAUGUACUUGUCUAUGCAUCUCCAAUCAAUUUUGUUCGGUUUGUCGCUCGCCCGGAACCGCAAAGAACUACUCAAUCUGUCUUCGAAGAUCCAUCAGAAACCGUACAUUUAAUGAUGAGUCCAGAUGAAUCGAUUGUUGCAAGAAGACUAUUACCACGAUGGCAAACUGUCACUUUCACUUUGGCAUUCGGAAAGAACAUGGCAGUUAAAUACCGUAUCAUCGAAACUCGUAAACAGCCUGUAAUCUAUGUGAAAGCAAAAGUCGAUCAUGUAAAACGUGUAUCAACAUCAACACUUUAUCGCACCGAACCUGAGCAGAGAGUUGAAUAUUGGACAUGUUUCAAAGCGAACGAUCUGAAGCUAUCGACAGUAGAAAAGAACGAUCCUCAAAUUGUGAAAAAAGUGUUUUUUGAAACAGCAGGCAUAGCAUCAUCUAAUCACUCAAUCAAUAUCGGAACUGGUGACAUGGAAAACAAGAAUCUGAAGAAACGGAAAACUGUCAAAUCAUACAAGGAGUUGAAUCUCAUGUGGCAGAGAACGGACGAAUAUUGA